AUGGCUGGCAAAGGAUAUUUUUACCUACAUUUAUUUGGAGAAGUCGCUGGCCGAAGUGGCAUCUAUGGCCUAGAUGAUGUUCCGAAAGAUCAAAUGCCGGAUAAGUUUUGGGUGGAAUUCCCAAAAUGCGAACCGUUGCACUUAAAAACCCUAACGGCUUCUCAGGUGAGCGAAAAGUUCAUCGAUUAUGCUGUCAGCAAAGGUACCGAAACAGAAAAGUGCAGUGUAAAGGAAGCCCCGUACAAAUACCGGUGUGGCAGUCAGGAGCGUCCGCCGUCCGGACUGUCCGGCCGGACAGUCCCGCCUAGUCAGGACCGUCCGGUCGGACAUUCCUGCCGCCGUCAGGACUGUCCGGGCCCCAGUCAGGAGCAUCCGGCCCCCAGUCAGGAGCGUCUGGUCCCCAGUCAGGGAUGUCCGGGACGCUCCCGCCUGGGGGCCGGACACUCCCGACCGGGGGUCGGAUGCUCCCAACUAGGUGAGAGUGUCCGGCCGGACGCUCCUGCCUACCCGGACGCUCCCGACUCCUACACCGUUGGAAAAAAAGAGGGCGUUGUGAUACGGUUUUCCUUGUUUUCGUUCUGUUGUGCCAUUCCCCACCUCGUCGACAGUCGGGCCGUUUUCCGGCAGUCGAGUGUUUUCUUUCAGAGUCACAAAUCGUCGGGAAAAGAGGUUGUUUUGACUAAACUUGGAGCUUGGGGCUUCCAGUUGGAAUCAGUCGUCUCGGUCUCGAGUCAGGAAGUUCCUAAGCUCACAACAGAGGGUUGUUUCGGCCUGAACGCUGUUGCGCCGAGUCAACGCCCCAUUUUCUGCUGGAUUCUGUGCCGACAACCUCGUUCAGUUCAAGUUGAAUGCGGGAAGAAUCGGCAGAGGCCAUCAGCAGUGAUGGAAGCACACGAUCUUUCGGCAGUGUGUGCUGACAAUGUGUCGCGAAUGCAGCCUUAGGAAUUACAUCAUGUUUAGAUAUGACGGAAGGAAAAGCCAUGAAAGCAGUCGUUCCCGUUUCUUUCCACUUCCGUCGAAACUUUCCCAUUGAAUCUAAAUGUGUAUGAUCCCGUCACAUGUUUCGAAAGUCCCCUUUGUCAGAGUAAAGAAAUAUUCCAUGGGC